GGCGAGCAGGUCUGGGCCUAUGCCAGGGGGCAGCUGCGUCCCGGCUUCCCACGGCGCGUGGCGGACGAGUUCCCGGGGGUCCCCGGGGGGGUGGACGCCGCUGUCGAGUGCCACCCCGAGGAGUGCGGAGGCGAGACCGUCCUCUUCUUCAAGGGGGACACGGUGUACUCCUUUGACCUGGAGCUGCGGGUGACAAAGCCGCGCACGUGGCCGGGGCUGGGCCCCUGCGACGCUGCCCUGCGCUGGCUGGAGCGGUACUACUGCCUGCGGGGGACCCAGUUCCAGCGCUUCGACCCCCUCACGGGCGAGGUGCCCCCCGGGUACCCCCGUGACCUUCGAGACUACUUCAUACCCUGCCCAGGCCGAGGGCACGGGCAGGGCAACGCCUCGUGGGGGGACGCUGGUGACCGCUGCAGCGAGAUGCCCUUCCAGGCCCUCCUCUCCGACGACACCGGACGCAUCUACGCCUUCCGCGGGGGUCUGUCCUUCCGCCUGGACUCGCGGCGGGACGGGCACCACGCGUGGCCCCUGGGACAGACGGGGGCGGGGGUGGGGCCCCUGUGGGUCCUUGACCCCAGCCCCAGUUCGCCGCCCCACCGGCCACUGGGCUCCCAGGUCUCCAUCUUCCUCUCGGAGCAAGGCCACCGGCGGGGGGGGGGGGGCCCGCGAGCGCUGCAGGAGGAGCUGGGGGUCCCCAGCGCCGACGCUGCCUUCACCUGCCCUGACUCCGCACACCUCUACCUCAUCACAGGUGGGCAGCCGGCGCGCCGGGACCCUCCAGUGCUGGGGUCUCUGCCGGGGCGCAGGGCUGAUGGGUGCUGUGCUGGCAGGGGACCGCGUUCGGCUGGUCUGCCCCACGACCACGUGGAUGGCGCCAUGUGCACCAACAACGGCGUCUUCCUCUUCCACGGCCCCAGCUACUACCAGUACCCCAGCGUGGCCCAGCUGCUGGGGGCCCAACAGCCUGCCCCCGCCCAGAGCAUCGCCACCCACUUCUUCCACUGCCGCCAGUGA